CUCCCCUCCCUUACACCUCCGACUGCUGGCCCGCUGGAGAAACACCUGGGGCGAGAUCAGUGCUAACCACUCACACACAAACACACACACACACACACACACAUAAACCUGGAUAACAUGUGGAGCUGAUUUGGAUUAUAGAGCCGCACAGACGGAAAAGGUCUGUGGUCCGCCAGGCGUUCUACCAUGCCUGUCCCCCCAACCCUCAAUCCCAGCAGACAUAAACACCUGCCCCACGCACACCUCCAUACGGAACAAAGGGCGGAAAGCUCCACCGUUCCUUCCCUCUUCCCUCCGUCCAUCUUCUCGCUCUCUCUUCUUCCCCCUCUCCUCGUCUCAUCUCUCUCCUCCUCAUCCCACCUCUUCCACUGCGCCUGUCCCAGAGCGACGAAAAGAACCCUCCCCGACUCUGGUCCCCUCCCGGCGUUUCACUGGCUGACCCUGGUCACAUGCUGCCUGUUGCCUUCGCUGAUCGGAGCAGGGGAGACUUGGGGUAUGGUCUCAGCCUGUCCCUUCCACUGUGUCUGUCGGAAUCUUUCCGAGUCACUCAGCACGCUCUGCGCCGACAAGGGCCUCCUGUUUGUCCCCCCGCACGUCGACCGGCGCACAGUCGAGCUAAGACUGGCGGAUAACUUUAUCACUGAGGUUGGAGGGAUAGACUUCGUCAACAUGUCGGGACUGGUUGAUUUGACUCUGUCCAGGAAUACCAUCAACCUCAUCAAACCCAUGGCCUUCGCCGACCUGGAGAGCUUGAGGUCGCUUCAUUUGGAUGGUAAUCGCUUGACAACAAUUGGACCCAGGGACCUUACUGGUUUGGCCAAUCUGCAACACCUGAUCGUCAACAACAACCAGCUGGUCAAAGUCUCUGUCCAGGCCUUUGAUGACUUCUUGCUCACAUUAGAAGACCUCGACAUGUCCUACAAUAACCUCAGGAGGGUGCCAUGGGAGUCCAUACAGAACAUGGCCAGUCUGCACACACUCAACCUGGACCACAACUUGAUAGACCACAUAGCCGAAGGAGUCUUCGGAGAGCUGUAUAAGCUUGCGAGGCUGGAUAUGACCUCCAACAGGCUGCGAACCCUGCCUCCUGAUCCCCUCUUUGCAAGGUCCCAAACAGGUGCAAUAAGCCCCACCCCCUACAACACUAUCAUAAGCUUGAAUUUUGGAGGGAAUCCAUUCCACUGCAAUUGCGAACUGCUGUGGUUAAGACGCCUCAUCCGUGGUGACGACAUGGAAACUUGUGCCACACCUGCUCACCUAGCUGGAAGGUAUUUCUGGUCAAUUCCUGAGGAGGAAUUUACAUGUGAGCCACCUCUCAUCACCCGCCACACUCACAAGCUGUGGGUGCUGGAGGGCCAGCGGGCCACGCUAAAAUGCCGUUCCAUUGGGGACCCUGAGCCAGUGGUCCACUGGGUUUCACCUGAUGACCGAAUAAUUGCAAAUUCAUCUCGGAUCAGUUCCUUCAGCAACGGGACCUUGGAUAUGUUAGUUACAGUUGCCCGGGAUGACGGGGCUUACACGUGUAUUGCAAUAAACGCAGCGGGCGAAGCGACUGCCACCGUCGAUCUGAAAAUAAUCCCCUUGCCUCACCGGGGCGGAACAGGUGGAAACACAGGGAAUAACAAUGUGAACACCAAAAACAACAGGAACGCGACAAAUGGGAUUUUACGGACAGAUCCAGGAUCCUCAGAUAUCAGUUCAGGGAAAAAUGGAGGGAUUAACAAUGGCGCAGGCCGUGUAGGAGAGAUGGACGAUGGGAGGAAUGUUGGAGGGGAGGACGAGAAGGGUGAUGGCAGCAGGGCCUCUGAAGGAGAGAGGGUCGAUGGAGGGAGCAUGGAGGAGGUAGAGGAGGACGAAGAGGAAGAAAGGAUGAUUGGAGUACAAGGAGUAACUUCAACAUCAGCACAAGUCAGAUGGGAUUUGGGGCGUUUGUCCGCUGCUUAUGUUGUCUGGAUGUAUCAGAUACAAUACAACUGCACCGCCGACGAGACCCUCAUCUACAGAAUUCUCCCAUCGACCAGUGACCGCUUCCUGUUGAAGAACUUGGUCGCUGGUGUGGACUAUAACCUGUGUGUCCUCGCCAUUUUUGAUGACACAACCACAUCCCUGGCAGCGACCAAAGUUCUAGGCUGCACCACAUUCUCCACCAAGGAUGUUUACCCAGCAUGCCGCUCUCUCCAAGCUCAUUUCCUGGGUGGGACUCUCACCAUACUGGUUGGCGGUGUUGUUGUCGUCACUCUACUCGUGUUCACUGUCGCGCUUAUGGUCCGGCACCGCGUUUGCAACCACGGGGACCAUAUGAUAUGUCACAGCGGCAACACUGAAGCGGGAGGCGGGGCCUGCUGCCAGGGCGGAGGUGUGGGAGGGGACAAAGGGGGGAACGGCACUGGGUGCUACCAAUCGAACGGUUCGGGGGACAUGAUGAUGGUGGUCCUGCCCAACGGCCUGCCUUCUAAAAGAGGAGGGGAGAAGGAGAAGGAGAAGGAGAAAGAAGCGACUGAUUCUGCCUCUCUGCCUCCAAAGCUCCCUCCAAAGCCCAGGCCCAAGCCUAAAGUCAACCUGGAGCACUUUCUGUCGGCUGGAGGCGUGGUUUCCACGACGACGGGGGCAGGAAGUGAGAUGGCACUGGUGGUGAGGCAAAGGAAGCUGGACAAGGCGCCGCCGUAUUCUCUUGAAAGUGACAGAACUCCCCUCUACUACUCCCCUUCCCCGCCCUCCACCCUCCCCCGUCAGUCACACUCCCGCCCAAACCCGCGUCUGGAGCGCGAACUGACCAACCGUGCCAGUUUCUCUCUGGCCGCGCCCCUGAGAGACUCGGAGAUGUUGGACUGGAGAAUCUCGUCUCGCGGCAGGGACAAAUGGAAAUCCUCACAGGUCUAUCUGAGUCCUGUAUCCCCUGCUAACAGUCCUGCGUGUGGGACUGUUAGCAAACGGCGGCACUCGUUGGAUAUGGGCUCCUCUGUCGCCCUAGCAACUGACGCCGCGGCUUCUGUCGCCAAGCACUACGGCGCCGUCAGCUACGCCAAGCGGCUGAGCGUGAUCUGGACGAGGCGGAGCCAGUCACUUCAUGGAAUGCUCGUGCAGUGCGCCUCGACGACAAGCACAGCGUCUUCGACGAACAGCGACGAGGCGGAAAGUGCCGGGGGCUUCGGGUUCCAGCGAGGAUACAUCCACGCUUACAACACUACCAACUCCAACUCCAACAGCGGGGUUACUGGGAAAGCGAGCGGCGUAAAAGAGAGGGGGAGGGAAAAGGGGAAGGACGGAAGGAGUGCUGAAGAACUGGAGGAAAGCGUUGUGUAGAACAGAGCAUAGUUAAAGAGGGAUGCAGGAUUGUACGAGAGGUGGAUUUUGAGGAAACCUAGGGUGUAGGAAGCGACUGCAGACGAGGAGGUGAAAGUUGUGAGUUCAGAGAGACAGAAAAGGUAAAAGACUUGAGUCUCAUUUGUGCAGCUCCUUGAUUAUUCCUUAGGAGAAGUCAAGAAAAAUGAAGAGGAGAGGGGAAAGUGAACCUGAUCGUGAGGUGAAGACUUUUUAAGAGUCUCUUUAUAGCUGACCUGAGGAGUGAUGGGUGAAAUAUAAGACAGGGGGGGAGGGGGAGGAAGAGUGGGAGAAACAUAACUGGUGACAGUUUUAAAAUGGUCAUUAAAUACUCAAGGUUGAGCUAGAGCUGUAUCAGUAAAACAUGAGUGAUACGAGGUAGAAAACAAAGUAGGAGCACACAAACUAAACUUUAAAAAAAAAACAGAGUGAAGGUUGUAAGAAGAGACAAUGUGAGUGAUAUAUAUAGUCAUACAAGGAGAGGCAUAAUCAAAUGGGAAAACAUCAAGAAAGCAACAGAACAAAGGAUAGAGAGCGGUGAUAGAGAUGGUGAGGGCUCAGCAUAGAUCCCAGUAAAUCCUUUACAUUAAUGGAACCAGACUUUUGCAAACACUUCAAGUCUCCAGAGUCUCAGCCCCCUCAGCAACAGAAGGAUUUACGCUGGAUCAAAAAUAACAACACACCGGUGAUACUGAAGAAAAAGACGCUCCUCUUAAAAAUAAAAAAUAAAUAAAAAUACAAUGGUAAAUAGAUUUGGAUAGCAUAGUCCUGCUUUGUUAUCCUGCUUCUUGACUCCAAAUGUGACGGCCAUCUCGAGACUCUUUUUUUUUUUUUUCAAAACACAAUGAAUGUGACUUUUAUGUGUCCUCUGUGUCUGGACAAUGAUUUUUGGCUCGCCCUGCCUAAGGAUUAUGGGAGCAUAAAUACAGAGCUGGGUGCAUUGGACAUGAUCAAUCGAUAUUGGGCUGGAAGGAGCGAGCGGAGCACAGACAUUAUUAAAAGAAAGACAUUGGGAUUACAAUGGGAGUCGAUAUGGAUUACAAAAUGGAGACAGCGGUGUAUGACGGAACAUGUACGCUUUGUGCAUUUCUGAAAGACACCGUCGUAUAGGAUAUCGAAUGAUAAU